AUGGCGCUGGAAGAGAAGGAGGACAGCACUAAGAAAUGCACAGACAAAAUUAAAGUGGAGCCAGAAGAAGACAGCUCAUCGGGUCAUACCUGUGGAGUGUGCGGCCGAAGUUUUCCUCUCCUGAGCUCUCUGUCUCAGCACAUGAGGAGACACACGCGAGAAAAGCCAUACAAAUGCCCUUACUGCGAGCAUAGAACUGCGCAGAAAGGCAGUUUAAAAGCACAUAUUAGAAGCCAUAAACUGGGACUGCUGACCCAAAGCUCAAGCAACAAAGAGGGGGAUGGAGAUCAGGAGGUGAAGGACGGCGCUGCCCAGUCACCCGAUCCAUCCGAUAUGGACAAGAUGGCUGACAAGAAACACAACGUCAACGGCAAGGUGAAGAAGAAAGCUGCCAAGAAAAAGGUUAAAGGUCAGGACGUCGAUCAGGUUGAUUCAGGGCCAUUUACGUGCACCAUUUGUAGCCAGGAGUUCCCUCAGGUAUUACUGCUCAAAACCCACAUGAAAAGACAUCGCAAUGUUCAAGAUCACGGGUGUAAGAUUUGCGGACGGCGGUUUCGUCAGGCCUGGUUCCUUCAAAGCCACAUGCGCAUCCACAGAGUCAAAGCCCAGAUGAAGAAUGGUAAAGAUAGUGAUCUGCCAGCCACCAUCAACGGAGUGCCCCAGGAUCCAGUGUCGCUAAUAAAUGAGGAGUGCCUGUACGAGCUUUGUGCCAGCUGUGGGAACUUUUUCCAUGAUUUAAGGACAUUACAAGUACAUGAAAAACUGCACAUGUUCAAUCACACUCGUAAUCAUCUACAAAACCCCCUGCAGGACCACAGUGAUGUCUCUGAUGUGGACAUUGCUAAAAGGCAAUUUUUGAAAAGCCUAAAUCUGACUUGUGCAGGGGAAAAGGAGAAUACUGAGAAAAAAUGUCAAGGUAAAAGAAUUGUUGAGUUGGAUCCAGUUUGUAGCUAUCAAGCAUGGCAGUUGGCCACGAGGGGGCGUCUGGCAGAGGUUACAGAGAAGUGUCUGGGAUGGCAGGAGAGGCUGGCGGACGCAGAGGUGUUGUAUGACAUAGAAAAGGGUGAGUAUAUCCCUCUAAAACAGGACAAAAAGAGGAAACAGACAGACGCCCCCAGCUCCAGUGUUAAAAAGAAGAAGACAGAGACAGGCCUCUGCGGCAGUAAAACUCUGGACAAGAGGAUCUGCCAGGACCGCAUCCUGCUCAACGGACUGGGACAUGCUUUUUAUGAAGCUCUGCAGGCCAAGAAAGUCAAGGACACUCACAGCUCAGCUAAAGCCAGCAGCAAGAGCCAAGAGCUGGAAGAUAAAAAGCCCAUCUUCUGUGAGCACUGUGAUUUCAACACUGUGGACGCCUCACAGCUCAGGUCCCACCUGCUCAAGACACACCAGGACAUCCUGACCCCAAAACAGACAUCGUCCAAAUCCUCAAGGUAUAUGGACUACCUCAGGACGAGAAGCGCAUUGCUCAGUCAAUCCUACUGGAACCCUUACACUUACACUCCUGUCCUGGGGUCUUCAGAGGCACAGAACAUAAAAACUGAAACGCCAAAUUCUACUGAGGUCAAAGGUGAACCAGGCACACUACUCAAUCUGUCCGUUGUCGAGGGCAGCACUGUAACCUCUGUCAAAUCAGAGGGUCUGGUCAAAAAUCAGUGCCCAUACUGCUCCCACACAUCCAACUAUCCUGAAGUGCUGUGGAUCCACCAGCGCGUCGCACACAGAGUGGACGGCAGCAGCUCCAUGGCUCCAAAAUGGGCCCCUUGUCCAAUCACCUUCAAGAGUUUAAAAACAGGUUCCGCACCCAAGAGACGGACAGGACCUCCCCCUUUCCUUGAGGGCAAAGACUGCCCUGCUUUACCCACCCCACGAACUCAGCGGACUCACCCUCCUCGAACCAACGCAAAUAGUAGCGGCAGAAGUAGCACAAGUAGUAAUAGUAGCAGCAAGAAUUCAAGCAACAAGAGCCAAUCAACUGUCUCCAAACCCAAGACGACUCAUCCAAAGGACUCCCAUUCUGUAGCUGGGGCAGGUAAAGUGGCAUCCCAGAAGUCUGCAGCAGUGGGGGGCAGUAAGGGGACUACUUCUUCAGGCGCUGUGGGGCAAAGCAAGAGUACAUCCAGUGCCCAGUCCAGUCCAAAGUACAGAGUUAAGGGCAACUUCCCACAAGAGGGUUUGGGUUUUAUGCUGGCCCGAAACCACCACAGUAGCACUUCAUCAAACUCAAAUAGACUCCACUCCCAAAGACAGUCAUGUGACCCCACCUCAGGUCUCAAAGGUCACGACCUGUGGGCAGCCUUGAACAUGUGGGGUGUACAUGGGAGCAAAGCCUAUCUGGACCCUCUCCUAUUCGCUCAGGGAAAAGGUGAAUCAACGGGACAAAUGCCAAUGGAUAUAAAUAUUUUAAGCCUGUUAAAAAACUACAGUCCCCAUGAUCUGGCCGCUCUGUACCAGCACUGGGGCUUUGUUGACCCCCGACUAGACCCACAAGCGAUGUUGCAGUUGAAUGAGCACUAUGCAAAUGAGGUCCACUCCUCCUCUGAAGGUUCAAAGCAGGUAAACAGUCAUUCAGCGUCCUCAGGGUCUCUUCACAAAGGAACGUGA